UGGGGCUCACGUCUCCUGUCCCCCCAGAGCUCCGUCUCCCUGGGCAGCGACUUUGACCUGUCAGACACGUCAUUCGGCAGCUUUAGUCUGUGCAAGUCGUCGGACCCGCUGCCUGAGGCCUUGGCCGGGCCGGAGCUGCCCGCCGUGGAGAUCCGGCUCUCCAGCUGCUCGCGGUGCCACACGUGCGGCUCCCUGGUGCACGACGAGGAGGUGAUGGCCGGCUGGACGCCCGACGACUCCAACCUCAACACCACCUGUCCCUUCUGCACCCGCCCCUUCGUGCCCUUGCUCAGCAUCGAGAUCCAGGACUUCCAGCAGCCCCCCAGCUCCUCGGAGUCUCCCCAGAGCCGGGCUGAGCGGGGCCCGGUGCUCAGCGACCGCUCCCAGUGCCUGGCUCUGGAUGAGGCCGAGCCGGAGCCGGGGAUCCCCCCGUCGCUCUGCAAUGGCUGCACGGACUCCUCGGCGCCCCGGGGCCCUGCCCCGCGCUCGGAGCUGGUGACCUUUGCCUACCUGAGCCCCCUGGUGCUGCGCAAGGAGCUGGAGAGCCUGCUGGAGAACGAGGGCAGCGACUUCCUGGCCCAGCCGGAGCUGGUGGACAGCCAUCCCAUAAUAUACUGGAACCUGGUCUGGUAUUUCCAGCGCCUCGGCCUGCCCAGCAACUUGCUGCAGCUGGUGCCGGCCUCCCAGCACCUCCGGCCCGCGCCCCAGGCCCAGGCCCCCGAGGGCCCCCCGGUGUGCGUGCGCCUCCUCUGGGAUGUCCUGACCCCAGACCCCGACAGCUGCCCCCCCCUCUAUGUGCUCUGGAGGGUCCACAGGAACAGCGCUGCCCGGCCUCAGUCGUGGCGGUGCCCCAGCAGCCCCUUCUCGCUGGCGUUCCUGGAGGCCGUGCUGAGCCACGUGGGGCUGGGCGAGAUGCAUAAGGCCAUCGCCCUCUUCCUGCAGACCCUGGCCGCGGAGCCCAGCCCCCUGCCCCUGCAGAGGAGCGUUUACCGGGAGAUCCUCUUCCUCAUGCUGGCCGCGCUGGGCAGGGACCACGUCGACAUUGCCGCCUUCGAUAAGAAGUACAAAGCCGCCUACGCCAAGGUGGCCGGCAGCCUGGGCAAGGAGGAACUGAGCAGGCGACGGGCGCAGCCGCCCAGCUCCAAGGCCAUCGACUGCCGCCGGAGCUUCGGUGCCACGCUGGAGUGCUAGAGCCGGGGGCCGGGCCAGGCCAGGACCCCUCCCCCCAGGACGGAAUUCGGGGACUGGACCGGGUCUUGUGGGGGGAGUGAGCAGCUCCACGGCAGGCGGGGGGGGGGGCAGGGCAUAGCUGCUACCAAACCAUGCACCCCCCCCCACUUGCCCCCCGGCGGAUCUCCUGGAAGUCGGGGGGCAGCACUUGGUGCCCUCUGAGCCGAGGCAGAGUCAGGUGGGACCUGGAGAGCCCCCGGCUGCCCCCUGGCACUUCAGCCAGCCCUGCCCCUGGGGGCGUCUUUACGCUGGGCCCCACCCCGCGGGCUGGGCAGAGAAGCAGGGGCAGCUGCUGCCCAGGAAUGGGGCAAAGUGGGGAGCUGGUCGGGCAGAGUUGAGAUCCUGCUCUGGGCAUAGACCCCCCCCCCCCCAGUUCCCCCUGUGACGAGUGGACUGGGGCCCUUGAUGGCCCUGCUGUUGGCCGCUCUCAGCGGCUGCCCCGGGCUGGGGCUGGGGGGGUCAGCGCUGCUCAGCCCGGCCAGGUGACUCCCCCCAGGCCCCGGGGCUGUUUGGAGCCCGGCCAGACACUGGUAAUGAACCGGACACGCGGACAGGUGAGCAUCCGUCCAGCCCACGGCUCCUGCCUCCCCAGAGCGCUCUCUUUUUUCGGACACUGUCUUGGGGGGGUCUCCCAGGGGGCGGCCCCUCCCCCAGGGGCAGUUGUUGGUGUUUUUUUUUUAACGUCAGUGUUAAUAUAUUUUGUAAUUUAUUUAUUCUCCCCGCGGCUGCCGUUAGCUUGUGCUGUAACCGCUGUGCUGGUGAGCUGGUGCCAUGCGAACCGGGCCCCACGGCCCCCCCAGUGUCCCCUGCUGGAGCAGGCGGGGGACACCCUGGGCUGCCAUGGGGCUGGGUCGCUGCGCCCUCCCCCACUCCCCAUCUCACUCUGUCCUGCACUGGAAGCUGUUUCUCUCCCCACCUGAGGUUGGGAAGGGGGCAGUAUGUGGCACUGAGGGGGACAUGGUGGGGGCUCCCCAUGCUCUGGUGCCUGCACCCCCCUAGCUCUGGGGCUCACACUGUGCAAUAUGGCGUCACCCCUCCCCUACCCCUUUGUUUCGUUUGGGUUUUUGUUGGGUCUGUAAAUAAAACCGCUUCAGUAUUUU